UUUGUUUGUUUUGGAUCUGGCUUCCUGCUGGCAGCGCUGAAGGGCUGCGAGUGAGGAGUAAGGAGGCAAGAGGCUGGGGCUCAGCUACUCAGCUAGUCCCUCUCUGGUCGGAUCCAGAGGGCAUCGGGGAGAACGGAACCUACGGACGGACAAACACCCGGCCACGCCAUCUAUUCGACAGAGCUCUAUCUACCGACUGCUGUUGAGUGUUUGGGGGCACAUCAGGGGCGGGGGUGGUGAUGGUGGAGGUUUCUACUAGCGUUACUUCUGGACAGGGGUUCUGGGACUCCGAUCCGGGUCAGCUUCGUACUCCGAAACUGCCGAGGAAUUAGGCAAACAAAAGAGGCACUGAGAGAAAGAGGCCAGAAGUCCUCUGCGCCGCUUGUCGCGCCCCCUUGUUAUCUAGGGGUGGGGGCUGGCCUUUUGCAGGGCGGGAAGAGGGCACCAGAGCGGGCGGAGACGGGGUCGCACCCCCUAGGUCGAGGUAGUUAUCGGCCGGUUGUGCAAGCUUUGGCUCUUGUUUUCCUGGCCUGGCUCGUUUGGAGGCCGGACACAUCCACCCUUGGAAUUGGUUCAGGACUCUGCUGUUACUCUCCUUGCCCCUCUUGGAUUUUCUGGAUUCUUGAAGACGCGAUGGCCCGGGAGGAGAGAGGAAGGAGGAAGGAACAGAUCUCCAGAGGAAUGUGAGAGCCUCCCAAAGCCGGAGCAGCCACGAAGAGCAGAGAGCCAGGGGAGGCAGAACCUUGCCUGCGUUCCUGGGACCGUGGUCCGUGGGUAAUUCUCUUCUGUUGUACAACUGUGUUCUAGCGGAAAGUGUCUGUUGCAUUCCUCUAGCAGAGCUGUUUUCUCCAAGUCAUUUGACUUUUCUGCUUGUUGCGUGAGUAGGGAGAGACUCGCUCCUUUUCAGGAGCUGCAAAGGGAGAGGAGAAAGACUGGCCAUGACCGACUCCUCCCUGCUUACAGGCAGAUAUCCCAACGCGGUUUCUGGACCAUGGACACUUCUUUGACCAAAAGGCAGCUAGACAGCAUCUGUGCAUGCUGAGACUCUGCUUUUUUGGGGACACCCUGCUGAACAUCUCAGGUCCGGGCUAGGCAUUUUCCUCCCAGUCUUGACCUGACAGAUAGCUUAGCCAUGGCACUGAAAGGCCGAGCCCUCUAUGAUUUCCACAGCGAGAACAAGGAAGAAAUCAGCAUCCAGCAAGAUGAAGACCUGGUUGUUUUCAGUGAGACGUCACUGGAUGGUUGGCUGCAGGGACAGAACAGCCGUGGGGAGACAGGGCUCUUCCCUGCUUCUUACGUUGAGAUUGUCCGUCCCGGCAUCAGCACCAACCAUGUGGACUAUUCCAACAGUCCUGCAGGCUCCCUGGGCACCCAGGUGAGUUUGUAUAGCAGCCCUAGUAUGGCCAGCCCAGCCAGAAGUGGUGGGGGCAGCGGCUUCCUCUCAAACCAAGGAAGCUUUGAGGACGACGACGAUGACGACUGGGAUGACUGGGAUGAUGGAUGCACAGUGGUAGAAGAGCCACUGGCUGGUGGUUUAGGUACCAAUGGGCACCCUCCACUCAACCUCUCCUAUCCGGGUGCCUACCCCAACCAGCAUAUGGCUUUCCGACCCAAGGCACCCCUGGAAAGACAGGACAGUCUGGCAUCCGCCAAGCGGGGAAGUGUGGUAGGACGGAACCUCAAUCGUUUCUCGUGCUUUGUACGAUCUGGAGUGGAGGCCUUCAUCCUUGGUGAUGUGCCCAUGAUGGCCAAGAUUGCAGAGACAUACCCCAUUGAGAUGGGACCACGAGGCCCUCAGUGGAAGGCCAACCCCCACCCAUUUGCCUGCUCCAUAGAGGACCCCACCAAACAGACCAAGUUCAAAGGCAUUAAAAGCUACAUCUCCUACAAGCUUACCCCCACCCAUGCUGGCUCACCCGUUUACCGGCGCUACAAACACUUUGACUGGCUCUACAACCGCCUUCUACACAAGUUCACAGUGAUCUCAGUGCCCCACCUGCCCGAGAAGCAGGCCACGGGCCGCUUCGAGGAGGACUUCAUUGAGAAACGCAAACGAAGGCUCAUCCUCUGGAUGGACCAUAUGACCAGCCACCCUGUGCUCUCCCAGUAUGAGGGUUUCCAGCACUUCCUCAGCUGCCUGGAUGACAAGCAGUGGAAGAUGGGUAAGCGCAGAGCCGAGAAGGAUGAGAUGGUGGGUGCCAGUUUUCUGCUCACCUUCCAGAUCCCCACGGAACACCAGGACCUGCAGGAUGUAGAGGACCGCGUGGAUACGUUCAAGGCGUUCAGUAAGAAGAUGGAUGACAGCGUCCUACAGCUUAGCACUGUGGCAUCGGAACUGGUGCGGAAGCAUGUGGGAGGCUUCCGUAAGGAAUUCCAGAAGCUAGGAAGUGCCUUCCAGGCCAUUAGCCAUGCCUUCCAGAUGGACCCUCCCUUUAGGUCUGAGGCACUCAACAAUGCCAUUUCGCACACUGGCCGGACCUACGAAACUGUUGGAGAAAUGUUUGCUGAGCAGCCCAAGCACGACCUCUUCCAAAUGCUUGACACACUGUCUCUCUACCAGGGCCUACUCUCCAACUUCCCUGACAUUAUCCACCUGCAGAAAGGUGCCUUUGCUAAGGUGAAGGAAAGCCAGCGAAUGAGUGACGAGGGCCGCAUGGCUCAGGAAGAGGCAGAUGGCAUUCGCAGGCGCUGCCGUGUGGUAGGUUUCGCCCUGCAGGCCGAAAUGAACCACUUCCACCAGCGCCGUGAGCUCGACUUCAAGCACAUGAUGCAAAGCUACCUGCGCCAGCAGAUCCUUUUCUACCAGCGGGUAGGCCAGCAGCUGGAGAAGACCCUCCGCAUGUAUGACCACCUCUGACAGACGCUAACCAGCUAUGCAGGGCCUCUUCCCACCUGUCCACCCCACUCCUGUCAUUAGCAGUGGCUCUGGUGCCCAAGGCAGGUGAGGUGAGUGGCCUGUUCUUUCUAGGAGAAGACAAGGGACUUUUGAUAAGUCCUGGUAUCCCUGGAGUUCUUUUCCCUGACUUUAGAGAUGGAUGAAUAGUCCUCUGAGCCAAAGCCUGGACUGCUGGUCAGUCCCUAAAGAUCAAGCUUCUCUGGAGCCUAUAGUGCACCGUCACCUGGCCACCACACCCUGUUCAUUCCGUGGACUCCAUAGACUGCUGUGGCCUUGGCCGAGACAUUGGUGACCAAGGCUGGAACUUGUCUGUCCCAGAAAAGUUACUUUUCAAGAUGGAUACCAGACAAUGCAGAAUGACAGGUGACACUCAAAGAUUCAUGGAAACUCCUCAAAGGACCACAGAA